UCCACUAUGAAAAUGGUGCUGUCACUUUAAAUAUUCUUGCAGUAAUUCCUUCAGCAUGCAUAUGGCCAUGAAAAAGAGAUAAAGCUUGAAGUCAUCCACACAAACACAGGCAGGAAAAAAAAUAACUUCCUUAGGAUUCUGAAUUAUACAGCAGCAGCUUCCUGUGUUUACACCUGCAGAGAGAGAGGGAAGGAGGGAGGGAGGCUCAGAAGACGGAGUGGAAGAGCAACAAGAAGUUCUCCGCUCGCUCCUCCGCUUUCCUUCCCCACACAGUUUCAGCUCUUUGUCUUCUCAUCAUCUGUUGGGUCUUACAGCGAAGGAUGCGGCUGCUGCAAGUCACAUAUUUGCUGUGGGUUUGGUUUCUAGUGUUUCUACAAGGCAGGUCUGUGCUCUGUAAGGAGGUGAAGUUACCCAGCAAAGCAGCCAAGCCCCACUCUCCUUCUGACUUUCUGGACAAACUGAUGGGACGCACAUCUGGCUACGACGCUCGCAUCAGGCCAAAUUUCAAAGGUCCUCCCGUCAAUGUCACCUGUAACAUCUUCAUCAACAGCUUUGGGUCCAUCACUGAAACAACUAUGGACUACCGGCUCAAUGUAUUUCUGAGGCAGCAGUGGAACGACCCCCGGCUGGCAUAUAAGGAGUAUCCAGAUGACUCUCUGGACUUGGACCCUUCAAUGUUGGAUUCCAUCUGGAAACCUGACCUGUUCUUCGCAAAUGAGAAGGGAGCCAACUUUCACGAGGUCACAACGGACAACAAACUGCUUCGGAUAUUCCAGAAUGGAAAUGUCCUCUAUAGCAUCAGGCUGACACUUACUCUUUCCUGUCCGAUGGAUCUGAAAAACUUCCCUAUGGAUAGCCAGACGUGCACGAUGCAGCUGGAAAGCUGUGAGUUCUUCUUCCUUUUCAAAAACAUCACAUUCACAGUAGAUCCUCUCACAAACUCAAGUGCAUACUGUGCACGUUCUCUGUCUCUUCUAGUUGGCUACACCAUGAACGACCUUAUUUUUGAGUGGCUGGAUGUCGGAGCGGUGCAGGUGGCUGAUGAUCUGAUGCUCCCCCAGUUUGUGCUAAAAGAGGAGAAAGGCCUCGGCUACUGCACCAAGCACUACAACACAGGUAAAUUCACCUGCAUUGAGGUCAAAUUCUACCUGGAGCGUCAGAUGGGCUACUACCUGAUCCAGAUGUACAUCCCCAGCCUGCUCACCGUCAUCUUGUCCUGGGUGUCGUUCUGGAUCAACAUGGAUGCUGCUCCUGCCAGAGUGGGACUGGGAAUCACUACGGUUCUCACCAUGACGACGCAGAGCUCUGGCUCCAGGGCCUCCCUGCCAAAGGUUUCCUAUGUCAAAGCCAUAGACAUCUGGAUGGCAGUUUGUCUUCUCUUUGUGUUUGCUGCACUGCUGGAAUAUGCAGCAGUCAAUUUCGUUUCACGCCAGCACAAGGAGUUCUUCAGACUGAGGAAGAAGCUGAAAGAGCAACAGCGGCAGAGAACACAAGGAAGCGGCGACACCAAGGUGAAAGGAAACAACAUGUCAGGCAACAAUGCUCCACAUGGGAACGCAGUCCAACAGUGCAGUGCCUGUGCCAGGGAGGAGGAGCUGGCACAGCAGGGUUUUCUCUUCCAGAGUUUUGGACUUGCAUUGUCAACAGGAAGUGCACCAGAAAUGGAUGCCACGCCGGUGUUUGCAGAUUUACCUCCUGGUUUGGGUUUCUAUGACAUACGCAGACGCUUUGUGGAUCGGGCAAAGAGGAUUGACACCAUCUCCCGAGCUCUUUUCCCCAUGAGUUUCCUCAUGUUUAAUGUCCUCUACUGGCUCACCUACAAAGUUCUUCGACAUGAAGAUCUCCACGCCAAGCUGUGACAAUGGACAGACCCAGGACCCUGAACAUACUGGAUACGUUUAAUUCUGCUCUCUUCACUAAAACAUUUACAGGCUGAGAGAGCCCUCAGCCAGGCCAUGAAAGAUGCGUUAUGACUGCAUGUCCAGUGCCAUUGGGAAAUUCCAUGACAUGGAAGAAUUCAUCAGUUUCUUUAAAUUUUUAAUGCUUCCAAAGAAAUCCACUUUUUAUUAGCACCAAUGCACAUCACACAUCGGAGUACAGUGUGUGGGUGUGUUUGUGUACAGCUGGGAUUUCAAUUAUAACACACUUGCAGUUACUGUAGAGCUUCACCAGAAUUUGUACUGCAGUGCAUGCUUACCUGGCCUUCUGUGUACUACUAUUACAGGUGUCAUGAUACAUGGUAUUACAGAGACAAACCAUUUAAACACUGCAACCAUGAAUUACACUUUUGCAAGUGUUUCUUAACUACAACACAUUGAUCCAAAUAUUUCCAUCCAUUGUAGGCUGCAGAACUCUAGAAUUAAUUACUGUUCUUAAUAAUAAUCAGGAGUCAGGUUACAUUUUGAACCCACCAGCAGGAAGCAUAUUUGUGAUAUGAAGUGUGAAAUCAUCUGUAAUUUCAAUUAUUUAAUGCUACAAAAGGAAAGAAUAUGUUGUUGAAAUAUUUCACUGUAUAUUUAUAUAAAACCAUAGCACACAAAUAUCCAAAAAUAUUAUAAUUAUAAUUAUAAUAAUUAUUAUUAUUAUUAUGGUCAACAAUUUGAAUCUUGAGUUGAAUCUGCAUACCAGCCAGAGAUUAAUAUAGUCCUAUGGAUUCCUCACUCUUUGUGGCUACUUGAGCUCUGUUAAUUUGCUCAGUUGUAUGUUUUUGUUUUAUUUAUUUUUUAUAUGGAGUGUUUCUGUGUGCAUCUAUCUGGAGACUGGUUGAGCGCUAGAAACCUCUGAUUUUAAGAAUAAAUCUUGCCAUAAAAUGAGGCUGACAUAUGAAUAUUUCAUUUUAAAAAGUAGCUGUCACAUGCAUAUACAGUAGUAGGCGGAGGACAGUACUAAGAGCAAGGGUGACCUCUUUUUCUAGAAAGCAGGAUCAGAAUUAUAAGAGGACACAUGAUAAAUAUUUUGUGGACAUAUAAGACAAUCUUAGCACAGAAACACUUAAAUAAUUGGAUAUGCUACCUUAAACUCACUCUCACACAAAUGUGAAUUUUCAUCAGUGAGUUUAGACAAAAUUAGAGAAGGGACAGAAUUAGAAGAAAUCUUGUUGCAUUAUUUAUUGCAUUUGUUUUAACUGCACAAUGCCAUCUUCAGCCACAAGGGGGCACUAUUGCAUCGUCUAUGUCUGGAGUGAUCAACCUUAAAAGGAAACUUUCCUUUUUGCUCUGUGAGGUUAGAUGUAAAAUAACUGAGAGAAAAUAACUUAUUUGAUAGAUAUAUGUUCUGCAGUUAUUGUGCAGGACUUACACGUACAAUAGAUUGUAAUAGUAUUAACAACUUUACAUGAUUAUGUCAUUAUUAUUAUCAUAAUCACCAUUAUUAU